CACAUGCUCAGAGACGUCUGUGCGGUGAGUGGCCGUCUGUCUGCGUUCCCUCCCUGCUCCAGAUGCCACCCAGACAUUUGAACCCUCCCAGAGAGAAGAUGCAGUGGAGGUCAGCGUCUCAGCACAGUGGCCAGGCGGUGACACAGAUGUUAAGCUGAAGCAAAGCGAGCUGCUGAUGGGAGGUCUUACAACAAAGAGGCAUCUAGAGGCACACCCUUCACCAGACUGCCUUCAGUAACGAGAACGGAAUUGAAGCUUAUUCUCCCUUUUGCAUGGUGAGUCCAGCUGCGUGCAGGGACUUCUGUUCUUCACUUCCAGCGAGCCAGAGCUUUAUAAAUGGACGCUGACAUGGACUACGAAAGACCCAACGUGGAAACCAUCAAGUGCGUGGUCGUGGGCGACAACGCGGUGGGGAAGACACGCCUGAUCUGUGCCCGGGCGUGCAACACCACGCUGACCCUAUACCAGCUGCUGGCUACCCACGUGCCCACCGUGUGGGCCAUUGACCAGUAUCGUGUCUGCCAGGAGGUCCUGGAGCGAUCCAGGGAUGUCGUCGACGAAGUGAGCAUUUCUCUCAGGCUUUGGGACACUUUUGGAGAUCACCACAAAGACAGGCGUUUCGCAUACGGCAGGUCUGAUGUUGUGGUCCUCUGCUUUUCAAUCGCGAACCCCAACUCCCUAAAUCAUGUGAAAACCAUGUGGUAUCAAGAAAUCAAGCACUUUUGCCCUCGAACGCCUGUCGUCCUGGUCGGCUGCCAGCUAGACCUCCGCUACGCCGACCUGGAAGCUGUCAACCGGGCCAGACGCCCCUUAGCAAGGCCCAUAAAGAGAGGUGACAUUUUACCCCCAGAGAAAGGCCGAGAGGUGGCAAAGGAACUCGGCAUCCCUUACUAUGAGACCAGCGUGUUUGACCAGUUUGGCAUCAAGGACGUGUUCGACAACGCCAUCCGCGCAGCCCUCAUCUCCCGCCGGCACCUGCAGUUCUGGAAAUCCCACUUGAAAAAAGUCCAGAAGCCUCUGCUUCAGGCGCCCUUCCUACCUCCGAAAGCCCCUCCCCCGGUCAUCAAGGUCCCUGAGUGUCCGUCCACGGGGACCAGCGAUGCCGCCUGUUUACUGGACAACCCUCUGUGCGCCGACGUCCUCUUCCUUCUCCAGGGUCAGGAGCACAUCUUUGCGCACCGCAUUUACCUCGCUACCUCUUCUUCCAAAUUCUACGACCUUUUUUUAAUGGAGUGUGAGGAAUCCCCUGGUUGGGGUGAAGGAGCUGGUGAAGAGGUACCAUGCAGGGAUUGUCAGGGGCGGGUGCAAAGCAUUAGCCCAGCCGAGGAAGGGGAAAUAAGUCCCCAGAGGACCCCUCAGGCUGGCCCAGGGGUCUCUUCAGGCCAGGACCUGUUGGAGAGUCUGACUUUGCAGACCGAAGCCUUGGGUUCUGAGGCACAGGCCCUGUCCGGCUGGAGCAAGGGGUUUGUCAGCAUGCACAGGGAGAUGCGGGUCAACCCCAUUUCAAAGCGGGUAGGCCCAGUGACUGUGGUCAGGCUGGACUCGUCGAUGCAGUCGGGCCCUUUCCGGACCCUGCUGCGAUUCCUCUACACGGGGCAGCUGGAUGAGAAGGAGAAAGAUUUGCUGGGACUGGCUCAGAUGGCCGAGAUCCUGGAGAUGUUCGACCUGAGGAUGAUGGUGGAGAACAUCAUGAACAAGGAAGCCUUUAUGAACCAGGAGAUCACGAAAGCCUUCCACGUCAGGAAAGCCAACCGGAUCAAAGAGUGUCUCAGCAAGGGCACGUUCUCAGAUGUGACAUUUACCUUGGAUGAUGGAGCCAUCCGUGCCCACAAGCCACUACUGAUCUGUAGCUGCGAGUGGAUGGCCGCCAUGUUCGGGGGGUCCUUUGUGGAAAGCGCCAACAGUGAGGUGCAUCUCCCCAGUAUAAACAAGAUAGCGAUGCAGGCGGUGUUGGAAUACCUCUACACCAAGCAGGUGUCGCCCACCUUGGACCUGGACCCCCUGGAGUUAAUUGCCUUGGCAAACAGAUUUUGCCUGCCGCACUUGGUUGCACUUGUAGAGCAGCACGCCGUCCAGGAGCUCACAAAGGCCGCCAUGAGUGGAGUGGGUAUCGAUGGUGAAGUGCUCUCUUACCUGGAAUUGGCACAGUUUCACAAUGCCAACCAGCUAGCCGCCUGGUGUUUACACCACAUCUGCACCAACUACAACAGUGUUUGCUCCAAGUUCCGCAAGGAAAUCAAAUCUAAGUCGGCAGACAACCAGGCAUACUUUGAGCGGCACCGUUGGCCCCCCGUGUGGUACCUGAAGGAGGAAGACCACUACCAGCGAGUGAAGAGGGAGCGGGAGAAAGAGGACCUGGCGCUGAAGAAGCACUAUUCGAGGAGAAAGUGGUUUUUCUGGCACUCGUCCCCAGCUGUGGCCUGAAGGGGACCAAGGGGGUCGUCAUGCACUCUGACCACCCCUACCAUUGACAGCUCUACUGUUAAAAAAAACAGUCUCCUCAGCCGUUUGCGCAGUUAGGGUUUCGGGCACUGGCUUUUCCACUUGCGUGCGUUUAUCUCCAUCAGGAUCAAAGCACAAGCUCGCCAUCCACGAGCCUGGACAUAAAAGGAAGCUGACUGACUCACCGCAUUCCUUCAGCCCAUACCUGUCCUUUUUAUUUUUUAUAUUUCGGGGGUU